UCCUCCUCCUCCUCCUCCUCCUCAAGGGGUUCGCAGCCAUUCUGGUCCAAGACCUACAGCCCCCGUUCCGAGGUUAUCGCGUACACCCAGAAGCGGAAGCGCCCGCGCUUCCUGACCCGACUGAACGCAAUGAUCGCCAACAUGCUUUAUUUCGCUCCUCGGUCUGUACCUGAAAUCAACGCUGACGCUUGGGGUGUGGCCAAGCUCUUCGUCGACGUGCGCCAGCACCAGCGCGUCCAGCAGCAACAACAGCAACAACAGCUACAGCAGCAACAGCAACAGCAAUAGGCUGAGCAGAGGAGCCGAGGAUGUCGGCGGGCCAGCACACAUCAGACUGCCACGAGUCGCUGGGCGUGUGCGCCGGCGACCGCCUCUCGCUCGCGGAGCUGCAGGCCGCCUUCGUGCGGCAGGCUCGGGCGGCACACGCCGAGGGCCCUGCCGGCGAGGCGGCCUUCCGCAGGGCCGCGCAGGCCUUUCAGCUGCUCGCCGCCUCCCGGCGCGGUGGCGAGGGCGCUGGCCUCCGCGCCGUGGGGCAUCCCAGCCGGGCGCCGCCAGGGCCGUUCCUCAGGCGCCUGCAUGGGCUGCUGAGCCGGCUGCCGCCCGAGCAGCGCAGGAUGGCGAUCGCGCAGCGGCUCUCCCAGGCGCAGAGGCUGCGCCUGGAGAGGUGGAUGCUCGCCAAGAGGUCGCGCGGGCCCGCGGUGCCAAGGGCCGGCGCGGCUGCGGCGGGAGGCCGGGCGGCAGCACGCGGCCCCUCCGCUGGCCCGGGGGCCCCGCGGGGGCGCCCCGUGACCCAGCGGAGCCUCUGCAGGCUCGUGGCGCGCAGCGGCCGUGUGGGCUUCCGGCCCGUGAUGCACCUGUGCGGCGGCCUCUACGCGCAGGCCGCCUUCAGCUUCAGCGUGGAGCUCGGGCUGCGGGGGCUGGCGGCGCUGAUGGCCAUGAGGGCGCGGUGCCAGGCGGCGUGCGCGCCCGGGCAGGCCGCGGCAGGCUCCGUGGAGCAGCGCGUGCGCCGGGCCGUCCAGGAGGCCCAGCUCGGCUGCGGCGCCUCCCUCAAGUUCUACUUCAAGACCCGCCUCAGGAUCGGUGGAGCGCGCGAGGUGUGCACUCCGAUGCAGGCGGACCUCUCGGCGGCGCUGCGGCAGUGGCGCCGGCUCCGCGCCCGCUCGGCCGCCCCCGUCGCCCCGAGGGGCGGCAUGCCGGCCGAGGCGCCCAGGGCGAGGCCCCGCGGGGGGCAUCGGCUCCGCGCCUGCUCGGCCGCCCCCGCCGCCCCGAGGGGCGGCAUGCUGGCCGGGCCGCCCAGGGCGAGGCCCUCGCGGAAGCGGGCCGCGCCCGCGGCCUGCGGGUGCCUCUGGUGAGAGGCCGGCCUGCCUGGGCGCCUGCCCCGGGCCUGCCGGGAUGCCACCGGCGGGCCUCGCAGGCCCCAGGGCCGGCGCUGGGAAGAGGCGCUCCGCCGCUCAGAGGGGGCCGUCUUCGCCGACAUCGGCGCGCGGGCUGCCUGCCUGGGCCUGCCUGGGGCCCGCCGGGAUGCCACCGGCGGGUCUCACAGCCAGCGCUGCGGCAUGGGGCCCAGAUGCGCGAUGGCUGGUUCAAACGCCCUGGCUUUGUCAGCGCGGGCUCCCCGGAAGCCCCGACCCCUUCCCCGGGACCGGCUCGUCUUCCCGAGCCGUUUCUGCUGGCGGUCUCGGGGCCGGCCGCGGGCCCCAGGAGGCCGAGGGCGGCGCGAAUCGCCUCCGUCCUGGCCUCUGUUCCAGGCGUCGGGCCUCUGGGCGCCCCUGCGCGUGCGCCUCCGGGCUCGCCGCCGGCGCUGCGGGCAGCAGGGGGCCGCUCGCGGGGCCUCCG